UAAAUUAAUUGAUUGCCUUUACGAAUACUGCGGAAGACUGAUCCUAGAACAGCGAUGCCUAAAUAUUCUGCAUACGUCUAUGUAGUCCUCACCAAGUAUGAUCUGGUUAAAGAUGAAAACAGUUUUAAAUGGUCUUCUAAUGAACCAAAGGUUACUUUCGAGGAGUUCCGAGAAAUUGAGAAGGAAAUUGAACAGAGGUUUAGUAUCGAAGGUUCGCUAGAAGAUAACAGAACAAGAUGGGUGAGUUAUACCGAUGCAACAGGUAAAGACAACCCAUAUAUUGACAACAUCGCAUUGAAGUUUAUUAAACGAAUGCUUAUGGUGAGAAACGAUAAAGUCAAGUCCGUUAAAACGGUGAUGUCAACGUGGACACUGAUGAACUUGAACAUGAAAAGGUAUUGGCAAAAUGCCAAACGCAGCUUAGAAGAACGUCAGUUUACAAUCAGCUUAGGGACAUUGGCAAUGGGCAUUGUAUUUGGAAUAUUUGCAUUGGCAAUGUUGUGUAAAGUAUACAUCAUGUUAAAAGCACCACCUUCGGGACACUCCAGAGACAGAGAAUACUACUAAUAAAAUCUCCUGUUAUUGUAAAGUACCAGCAGUACCAAUAGUUAAUGACAUUAAUAUAGAUUUAUUCAAGUAAAUUCCAGAAGGGACAAUAUAUUUACAAGUAAUUAACAUAUUAACAUAAAAUGAAUACAUGUAUAAAGAAAUCAGCAGUUAAGUACAUGAUAGAUAUUUAAUAUUAUUAUCUGCUACAAUUCAUCCGAAGUAAAUGUUAGCAUAAAAAUAUUCUAUUUCUAUAUAAAAUCAAUGCACAUUAUUAUAAAUUUACUUAAUGUGAUAAUUGUAUAUAUUCACUAGCACAAAUAGAAUAGUAGUACAAUGUGUGAUCGUCAUAUCUAAGUAUAAUUUCGGUUACUAACAGAUGAGCUUGUCAAAAUAUAAUAAUUAAAGAUCCUGUAACACAAUUCUUUUUUAUGGUUUUAGAUCAUAAAUAUAAUGCUCAAAUUAAGAUUUACCAAUAUUAUAGGUUACAAAAAGCAUUAUUUAUUAAGAUAUUAUCGAAUUUAACAUUUCAUGUAAAUUAUUUUACUCACAACAUACAGGAUUUUUAAGAGGUCUCUAUAAAAUCAAUCCAUAGAUCCUAGUUAGCUCUAUCUUGACGUUCGAAAGUUUCAAGAUAAAGUGUGAAAGAUCCAUAGAAAACAUAUUACAAAAGUAUACUCAAUAU